AAAGUGACACAUAAAAACAGAAACACAAGCAGAAGAAGAAAAACUGUACAAAAAUCGAAAACUUUCUUUUCAGUACAAAAAUAACAUCGCUAGGUUCUGAUAUCGUAUGUGGAACUUGUUUUAAGGAUUGUUUUGCUGUUCGUAAGAUGGUAGUUGAAAUUAUUACUGUGUUAACCAAAACCAGCACUCAUAUUGUUCACGGCAGGAUGAGUCAUCAAUGUUACUAGAAUCAUCGAUAUCGUAGUGAAAUCCUAUCUAAUACGCUAUUGUCAAAUGGUGUUUCAACCCGAUGUAGGAAGUAAAAUGAUUAAGUCUGUGACGGUCGACAGAUAAUUGCCCGCAACUAAAGUACAUCCCGGGUUAGCGCAUCAUUGUAUGAAGAUUUUUUUUCGAGAGACGAUUGUUGAUAAACUUGGAAACAGCUGCUUGUUCUAACAGCAAAACAGAAGGAUAAGAACAAAACUUAAAGCGGAGGUGGUGUGUGAACCCACGUCCCAGUUAUAGUGUAAAAUGUCCGAAAAGGCUAUCCUAGAAGUAAACACCACACAUCAGACCAAUAAUCAACUGGAAAACUCGAACCGACCUGUGGAUGAUUCUGUACCGUCAGCGGAAGAUACUAAUGUCGUAGCAUCCAACUCACUAUCAUCAGUAGAAUCAUCGUCCCCGCCUGCUAUAACUUCAAACGACAUUUCAAGUAUUGUUAACGAAACCAGUACUGGAAAUUGCACCCAGCAGCCACCAUCUGGCGGUACUGUUCCACCAACUGGUUCUCCGUUACCUGCGUCACAGAUCCGCACCCCCGUGGUCGAGCGUCAGACAUCUGUUGGAUCAUUAGAUAGUACAUCAAUGUCAAUUGGAGCUGGUUCGGGUAGUGGCGGAGGACCAAGUGGCUUUCGCAACUCAUUGAGUAAUGGACGUAUGUUUAGCAGGCUUAUGUCUGUUGAACGUGGACGGUCUAACAAUCAUGGAACGACUUCACGAAGAGGUUCCAACUUUAGUAACGUUAUGCUGAACGAUUUUAUGGCCCUUCUGCAGCAGGCAAGACAUCCGGGUAGUUUAUUUUCCGGUGAGCGUACAGGACUCUUUCUCAAUUCGGAGCGGUCUCACGGUACAGGAACAAGUACACCUCCGAUGAUGAGUAACUCUAUUGGUUCGAUCGGAAAUGGAAAUUCUAAUAUCGCUACUAGUGAUGUUGUAAUUGAUGUCGACGACGGAACCGGGACGAUUGGUGGAGGUUCUUCGCGUUCUUCUCACAAUGAGCUGUACCCUAUGUCAAACUCAUCUUCCACAGCUAAUACAAGUAUUAGACCAUUCUUAUGGAUUCAAUCCGGCGAUGAAAAUGCUCCACCUUCGGGCUCUUUGAUUGGUGGACGUUCACCACUAAUGCCAAAUUUUAACUACAGUCACCAUCAUCACCACUUUAACAAUCAUCAACCUUUGGCCUUGCAUCACCAGCAAUCCGCUGCUGGACUAUCCGCAGCAUCAGUGUCGAUGGCUUCACAGUCUUCCAUAUCUAUUGGUGGUGGUGAGGGUAUUCCAUCUAUGGGUAGUGAUGGCACAAAUGGUGCUGUACUGACACCGACGGCAGGAAAUGCACCUACCAUUGGUGCUGGUGGUGCUACUCGUAGUAACAGCAUCAGUUCGAAUCACCAGAAUGAGGAAGCCACCGUUCAUGAAGCGCUUAAUCAGUUGCCAGAAACUCGCGCCUUAAUAGAAACAUUAGCACGGUAUAUGCCAUUACUUCUGAUUUUGUUGGCUAAAUUAUGCUACGAUCAUUUAGAUGGGAUAAUGCACUUUCUGUUGUUAUUGAUGACGUUCUACCACGCAAAUUGGGUAGUCCGACAAGAAAUAUCGAAACAAAAGCAACGACGUGUUAUGGUGUUGCUGCGUGAGCUGAUAAUUAUCAUUUUAGCAUUACUCAUAUUUGGAUUUGUGAUUGAAUGGAAGAGUAUCUGUCUGGUGAUACUUUUCAUGUCUGAUAAUCUGCAACCUGAAUCGCUUAAAGGACUGUUGUUUGCUGUUUGUAUAACAGAUUUAAUACUGAAGCUGAUCACCAUUGUAAUCAAAAUUAUUGUUACGCUUAUGCCGCCUCGAGUGGUAGACUACAAAAGUAGGGGCAAGGUCUACCUAAUGAUAGAAUCGCUCUCCCAAUUGUAUCGUGCCGCAGCCCCCAUUCAACCAUGGUUGAUUUUUCUGUUUGAAUCCUACUCUGGUUCGGAAAAGAUGGUCGGCGUUAUUUUAUCUGCAGUAUAUAUAGUUGCUAAAUCGACGGAUCUGCUUGAUAGGGUCAAGUUCUGUCGCCGAUCAUUUGUAAAGCUACUACAAAAAACUCACCCUGGACAGUUCUAUAGGCUACUCUUCAAUUAUGUCCCUGCAAAAAAUCCUACCGAUAUAUUUUAAAAUCUCGGAACACUAUGCGUAAAAGGUAUGAAAUUUAUGCGUUCCACUGAAAGUCGGACAGUCUUCAUUUCAUAGCAACAUCACCAUGUAGGAUGUCAAAAUUGACCAAUAUGGUUCUUAACUCAUUUGAUAUUAGUUAUUAAAGGUCCAUCGACUAGUUUGGGUGGUCAUCUGUGUUUUAAAUAACCUAGGCCAAGCGCUUUAGGGUCUGUACCAGCCAAAUAACGUUUAUGGAAGGCUCUAAUAAUUGUAGUAUAAUAGUUUUGAAGAGAUUUAUUGUUUUUCAUAAUUUUAGAGUUACUUAAACUGUUAGAAGUAUCAGAAAUGAAGAAGUAGUGGAAAUUUACUGCCUUGCCUGCCUUUAAAGUUCAAAUUUCCUCAAUGCCCUUGUUCAUUAUUUAGAUAGAAUAAUUACUGCUUCGAAUUGGUUGAACAUUUUUGUUCCUGGCUUGGUUACUGAGCAUGUUUGAACAUGUUAAAACCUAAAUUAUAUCUAUAUUUAGCAUGAUAAUGAUUAAGACUUCCUGCCAUCAGCGCUUAUGCAUCUCUAUAACUUUCUAGAUACUCUAAUUAAUUAAACGGUUUCAAGCAUGAAUAUUCCUUCUGGAUUUUAUCAGGCUGCGCGACAUUUUUUGCAUCAAAAUUGAUAGAUUUUUUUAUGUGUAUGUAUACAUUCCUAAUAAACUCUAACUUAAAAACACAAUACCAAGAAUUCUUUGACAGUUUGGCUUUACCUUUGAACAAAAAGUGACUUCCGUACUAUCGCAAAGCCCUUCGAAAUACAACCAAUAGCUUUGACGCGGCCCUCUAUCAUCUUUUUUUCGUUCU